AUGGUGAAGAAGAUCCAGCGGGUGAAGGGCAUAGGGAGGAUGGAGCCAGUUCACUCAGAGAUUGCCCCAGACGACAGUUGCCCUCCUGCAGAGAAACGAAACCGAAGCCGGGGCGGGGCGGAGCCGACACCGACCAGCUGGGAUUUCCCGGGCCUGGCGCGUCCCGUCGGGCCGAGCGUGUGGCCCCCGCUGGGCCCUCUGACCCCGAUGGGUGACCCUGGGGGUCUUGCCUGGGGCAGCAGGAAGGUCUGGCUCCCCGUGGCCAUCGCGGAACUCGCCAUCAUCCUCAUCCUGGUGGCCGGGCUGGGCCACUUUGUGGCCAAGGAGCAGUGGCUGCACAGCGACAUGCUGGGGCUGCGGGAGGAGAUGGCCAGUGCCAACUGGACACUGCAGAAGAAGCAGGAGGGUUGGGACUUGUGCCGGAACCACACGCACGUCCUGCAGAAGAAUGUCAUUAACCUGACCCAGGAGGUCACUCAGUUAAAUAGCGACAUUGCCCAGCAAGAAGUGGAAAAGGGCAGGUUACGAGAUGAAAUUAGCGCCUGGAAAAAAACAGCCCAGCAUCUCCAGGAGCAAAAGGAUCAGUACCACAGGGAGGUCAGCUGGCUGCAGCAGCAGCUCGAAAGACACCAGGAACUUCGCUCCAGUGUGGGCAGUGCCAGGCUGUCCAGCCUCCUGCCUCUGCUGGCAGCCCCCUUUGCUGCGCUGCUUGUCUGAACGGCGCCAGGCAGGGAGCAGUCAGCACCCAGGACUGAGUCCCCCAGCUGGGAAAGCAGGAAUCUCCCAGGGAAUAAGCAGCACUGGAUCCUGUGGCUGGCACACACUCUUCUCCGUGUGCUCUGUACUGAGUGAUCAGUGAGACUCCAAGCUGGCUCUUCCCUGGGCGUGCAUGUGGAGGAAGCCUCGUCUCCUGCCAGAGAGGGGAGCUGUGACAGAUGAGGGGGACGCAGUGACGGGUCCAUGGAUGGAGAUGACCCUAUGCUACAGUUUAGACAUGUCACCCAAAGCCCCAGAUGACUGUUGCAGCAAGUUGGGCCUGUGACAUCCUGCUUGGGUAGGAAACACCAGUGGACUGCCGACAUUUUUUCAGAGGUGGCCACUGAUUUGGGGUGACCGGUUUUGGGGUGCCCCGGCCGCCAUGUGAGUCACACCCAGUCUAGGACCCAGCAACAGCAUCAUCUGGUCUCACGCUUUUGUGGGGGGAUUAAAGUGACUAAUAAACCAGCCCUCGGCAGGGAGAACGUUUGCAGAAUAAAUAGGCUUUGCCAUUCA